CGUCAACUCCAUAGGACAAUGGUGGGGGAGGGGCUCGACAGCGGGAUUCCUCCCUCUGUGAAGAGUUUCUCUCUCUGCCUUCCCCCUCUUCUCCCACUCGACCACUUUUGAGAACCUCAAAUCCUCAAUUGAGAUCACCGACAAACAUCACAUCUCCAACUCCACCUCCACCUUUGCAACAGACAAGAUGGCACCCACGCCCGGAAUCCUCUACGUUACCAUGCAGCCCAAGCCUGAGCUGCCAGACUCCCAAUUCCACGACUGGUACAACAACGAGCACGGCCCAACCCGUCUGCGCAUCCCCUUCUUCACGAACGGCUUCCGCUACCGCGCCUCCGACCUCGAGAGCACUGCACCCACGGAAACGAAACCGGAAUGGAUGGCUGUCUACGAUAUCACGGACAUGGCGGAACUGACGAGGGAUACAUAUCUGCGGUUGCGGGAUCAGCCUGUCAAGAGCCAGCGGGAGGCAGAUACGAUGGCUAAGAUCAAGGUUGAUAGGAAGCUGUAUGAUUUUGUUGAGAGUAGAGAGAGUAAGGAGUUCAAGGUAUUGGAGAAGGUGGAGAAUGAGGGGGAGGGGAAUGUUGUGGUUGCUGUGUUUUUGGAUUUGCAUGAUGGUGCCGGCAUGAAGGAGGAAUUGGAUAGGUGGUAUAGGGAAGAGCAUGUUGAUUUGCUGUCUAAAGUCCCGGGAUGGCUUCGCACACGAAGAUUUGUUACGAGCUCGAUUGAUCCAAAUUCUCCUGUCGAGUAUCUUGCCCUUCACGAAUAUGCGCCGAAGAACGGUCUUGGAGGCCCCGAGUUUGUUGCGGCGACUACGACACCCUGGAAUAAGGAGAUUAUGACGAAGGUGGUGAAGGACAAGAGACGUCGAGUCUACAAUUUAUAUUAUACUUUUGGCCCUGCACCACGGUACUUGGCUCCGAGUCUGGCGGAAUGGCACUCAUCCGACGAGAAACAAUCGUUGACGAAGACAUUUCUAAGCAGAGCAGGCGGGAAUGGUGCAAUUGAGAGCUUCGUAACCACGAAAGAUGGCGUGGAACUACCAUACCGCCUCGAAGGUUCGUCAGAUCCUGACGCCCCAGUGAUUGUGCUCGUUAAUUCUAUUCUCGUCGAGUACGGAAUCUGGGAUGGCUUCGUAGCCUCCUUCUUUUCUUCUCCAGCCAAUAAAAAUUACCGUAUCCUGAGAUACAUGAGUAGAGGGAGAGGUUCUUCUUGCGGUACCCAGAAGAUCACCGUUGAUGUGCUAGCCGGUGAUGUCAUUGCAUUACUCGAUGCUUUCCGUGUGAAGAAGGCCGCAGCAGUGAUUGGUGUGUCGCUCGGAGGCUGCACGACCCUCAACGUUGCCCUGAAAUACCCAGAACGAGUGGGAUCAUUCAUCAGCUGCGACACAAGCAGUAAGUCCCCGGCAGGCAAUUCGAAAGCAUGGGGCGAGCGUAUCGCGCUUGCAGAGAAGGAGGACGCUUCGGCUGCUAGUGGCGAGAAGAUUGUUGGUGAAGAGUUGGCGGAGAUCACAGUCCGAAGAUGGUUUGUGAAGGAGAGUUAUGAUGGAGGUGCAAUGGAGAAGACCUGUAAUGAGGUGAAGGAGAUGGUGAAGACCAACAGCCUUGAAGGUUUCAAAAAGAGCGUAGUUGCUCUUUUUGAGUAUGAUUUGAAGCGGGAGAUGAGGGCUAGUAAUGUCAAAGGCAUGUUUUUGGUGGGAAGUGGGGAUGGAGUCCUGCCCGGGACUAUGAAGGAGAUGGCUGGUGCUUAUGGAAGUAAUGGUGCUGAGUACACUGUCAUUGAGGGUGCUGGCCACUUGCCUAUGGUUGAGAAACCGGAAAAGUUCGCGGAGGCGGUCACGAAGUUCUUGUCGUGAUUGAAGUUAGACGUAGAGUUAAAAACAAAUCAGGUAUCCACCAUCUCGGUGUUGAAGUCAAUUUUGAGCGAGCAGUGGUUUCUAUAAGAUUCAAGCAACCUGUCUAUUAUUUUAACAAGAACUUUUCGUCGGCAUUGUGUUUCCACGAGCGACCGU